AUGCGCACUGCAGGCAUUGUAUCAGUGCCGAGUGCUUGCGGUGGAACUCUGCUGGGCGGCUACGUCAUAACGAAGCUGAACGUCAAGUCGUCCACGAUCGUGCGUUACUGCGUCGUGCUGUCAUUCAUACCGUGGUUCACGCUCUUUGUCUUCAUGCACUCCUGCCCCAGCAAUCACAGAGCACUUUUCAACCUCACCACCAAUGCUGACGACCGGAAGCUCACCUUCCGUGACCUCGAGCACAGCUGCAACGCGUACUGCAACUGCUCGGGCGUCGGUUACGACCCGGUGUGCGGGAGCGACAACUUCACCUACUACUCGCCCUGUAUCGCCGGAUGCGGCAACGUGAGGAACUUCAAAAGGACUAAGCUGUACACCACGUGCUCAUGCGUGAAUGGUCCGACGCUGUUCAUGGCUGCCGAGGAAAAGAGCAACGAGACUGGAAAUUAUUACAUGGCCAGGCGUGACCCGUGUACCGCCAAAUGCCGCCUCAUCUUUGUCUACGCUGUCGCCAUAUUUGUCGCGCUCUUCUUCACGUUCCUGCUCAUCGUGCCCGCCCUUACGGCGUUGCUACGCUCUCUCGACGAAGACAUCAAGUCCACCGGCAUCGGCGUCAAUUACGUCGCCAUUAGACUCUUGGGCACCAUUCCGGGCCCGAUAGUGUUCGGUCACCUGAUCGACCGCAGUUGUUUUCUGUGGCAAGGCACGUGUGGUGGUGGCUCGGGUGCCUGUGCCGUCUACGAGAACUCGGCCAUGGGCAUGAACCUGUUCCGCAUCAUGUUGAGCGUCAAGUCUGCGUCCAUAGUGUUCUUCUUCUGCGCCUCACUUAGCAGCAAGACGGAGAGCAUUUCGUCAACCGUGGCGGCAGUGACACCUUUAGUUGAAAGGCCCGAGGACGACGCGCCCUUCAAGCAGCAAGGAUCCGACGGUAGUCUUAAAACGGACACUCUCGGCAAGGAGGAAGAGAGGGGAGAAGCCGGUGAAAAGUUGAAAGUGGCGUGCGACGAACAGAGGGAGGAAGAAGCCAGCAAGGACAACCCCGUAUCAAAGGGCUGAACCUUCCGUAAAGCAAGCAAAAAAAAAAAAGAGCAAUUUGAAUAUGCAGUAAAGAGUAAGGAGGUCCCUCAGUUGGGCAUACAUUGGCGUAGCCGGACUUCUCUUCCCUGUUUGUCUGAACAAUCUUGAGUGAUAGAACAAAAGACGAGUGGGGAAAAGUGCGCGUUGUUGCUGCAGGCGAGGUAGAGCAAAUUACAAGGGAGGAGCUAGACGAUCGUGAUGUCGGACAUACAAGUAUAUAGCGGGCAGGAUAAUGGGGAACGCCUCUUAAGAAGCUUUGUGGAUUUUGUUUCUGGGAAGUAAUUUAGUUUGCUGCUC